AGUUCCAUUUACAGUUCGUAUGAAACUACUGACACUGAAGCGAUCUUCUCGGUUUAUUAUCCUGCUGCAUCAGACAUUUUUUUAACUCUUUCGGAAACUGGAAUAUCUCGAUUUUAUAAUUUAUUUUGUGACAAGCUAGUACAUCUGACGGCUGCGAAUAGAAGAUAUACAGACAGGCAAUUAUGGAUCGUUGGCUUGGUAAAACCGCAGUCGUUACCGGCGCUGGAUCCGGCAUGGGCGAAGCAAUUACACGUGCUCUUCUGCGAAACGGAGUGAAUGUGGUUGCUCUGGAAGUCCUAAAAGAAAGAUUAGUAAAACUUGAUGCAGAUUGUAAGCGAGAACGUUUUCCGGGCAAAUUAUAUACUAUAUGCUGCGACGUAACUCGCGAGGACGAGAUCAAUGCAGCAUUUUUGCAAAUUGAGACGUUAGGUGGUGUGGAUAUUAUGGUCAACAAUGCUGGCAUUAUUGAAACAUCACGAAUAAUAGAUAGCAACAGAAAGACAUUUGAAAAGAUAUUAAAUACUAAUGUUCUCGCAGUCGCAGUAUGUAUGAAUAAAGCAGUUUGUUCGAUGCGCAAACGAAACGGUGAGGGACAUAUUUUCAAUAUCAACAGUAUUGUGAGCCAUCACAGAAUACCGAACGAGUUGUUUGAAUGUAAUAUGUAUUUCUCUAGUAAACAUGCAUCUCUUGCUCUUACUAACACAGUGCGACGUGAAGUAGGAAAAAUUAAGGCACCUAUUCGAGUUACCGGCAUUAGUCCUGGUACUGUAAAAACAAAUAUAGUUGCGCAUGACGAUGGUUUGAAAAACUUUUUUGAGAAAGCACAGCAUAUUCUACCGGAGGACAUAGCGGAUGCGAUCAUUUAUGCUCUUGGAACACGACCGAUUGUGCAGAUUACGGAACUGUCUAUUCAACCUACUGGAGAAUUAAUGUGAGGAAUAUUUUCAGUAAGAGGCCUGUCUAUUAAUGCAUCAAGAACUUUACAACAAACAACUUUACGCUUACGAUAAAGUUAGAAAGUUAGAGGCUGGUAAAGAUUAAGUUUCAUGUCGCUUUGCAUUUGUUAUACAAUAUAAAUAUCAAAUUUUUUAUAUUUAAUGUUUGUUGUUGAAUUUGGGAGAGUCCGUAA